AGUUUUGUCCGCCCCGUCUUUCAUACUCAUAAAUCAAUCUAUUUCUCUCUGGUUUGAGAUUUCUAUCUUCUACAGUAUUUUCUUCAUCAAUGGCGACUCAAGGGCAAGUCAUAACUUGCAAAGCGGCGGUGGAUUAUGAACCGAACAAGCCACUGGUCAUUGAGGAUGUCCAGGUGGCUCCGCCGCAAGCCGGUGAGGUUCGGAUCAAGAUUCUCUUCAUUGCUCUCUGCCACACCGAUGCCUACACUUGGAGCGGAAAGGAUCCUGAGGGUCUAUUCCCAUGCAUUCUUGGACAUGAGGCUGCUGGGAUUGUAGAAAGUGUUGGUGAAGGUGUAACUGAAGUUCAACCAGGUGAUCAUGUCAUCCCUUGUUACCAGGCAGAGUGUAGAGAAUGCAAAUCAGGGAAGACCAACCUGUGUGGCAAAGUUAGGACUAGGGGUGUAAACGAGCCGAGCCGAGUCGAGCUCGAGUAUCGCUGA